AUGCUCGCUAGUUACGUCGAUCCUUCCGUUCACCCGCUCAGAGUUGGGCAGGUGGUCGCCUACGACUACCUUCACGCUGCGAAGACGUGGCAGUGGACCCUGGGUACGGUGCGUGAGAUCAAGGACUACACGGCCGUCGUGCAGCAGUGGGGCCUUCACACCGGAGACAUUGACACGCUGCGCUCCAUUCUCCUCAAAGAGGUCGACACGGAAAAUGGACGCAUGAAGAACUAUCAUGAUAUGCUGGCUAUCGCACGAGAGAAGCUCGCAUCCAUCCGCCGUAGCAACGAGGAUCGCGUUUCACACGUUCGAGGUCACUUUGACAAGGCUCGCGAAAAAGUAGAGCUCAUUGACGAGGUCGAUUUGCGCAAGGUCACGGCCCAGGCCGCCCCAUCCCCGGUUGCUGUAGCAGUGCUGAAGGCGGUGUGGGCCGUGGCCAAGUGCAAUCCCACGGCGGUCGAGUUCUACGAGUGGGCAGAUGUGCAACUGGAGUACCGGAAGACAGCCGCUCUCGAUGAGAUCGCCAAGACAGACGUUCUGGCGAAGCUCUACCCUUCCGCGGAAAGUCUGCAGCAGUCCCUGGAGCAGGACCCCAAGCUGAACUACAAGGCGGCGGCGCGCGACUCAACGGUGGUGGCCAGCCUCCACGCGUGGGUCACCACAGCUCUUGCCUACCAGCAGGCGUACAACCUCCUGGCGCACGACAAGCGCAUCCAGGAGCAGAACGACGCCAUCGCAGCCGCCAUUGCUGGCAUGAAGGCCUGUCGCGCCAAGAUCGCCAAGCUCAAGGACGAGCUGUCUUCAAAGGACACGGCUGCACUUCCCGGUCAGGUCACCUCCUUCACCAGGACGUCAGUCCUGGUGACCAUUCCGUUGUCUGCCGUCAUCUCUACCGUCAAUGUGGCCAGCGAUAUGAAGGGAUGCGUGCUGACAAAAGAUGAAGUUGAGCAAAUUCCUGUUGAUGCCAAGCUAACGCGAUAUGCCCAAAAGCAAAAACUGGCUAUCACCGCAUCUCACCUUCUCGACCAAUAUGCUGCCGCGACUAGUACUCACAUCUACGCCACUGAACUGGAAGACCGCCUCUUCUUCUUUCAGCAUCACAUGGCUUCCGCUCUACGUGACGCACAGGCAGCUGCAGUCGAGGCACACCAGCGCCUCGCCGUCAGUCUCCAAGAGCUCGAGGCCUUCCGCCAGAAGCGCCACGACGCCCAGCAGGCGCGCGCCGCGGAGCCGGAACUUGCGGAUGUCGACGGCGUGGAGCCAAGCAGCGGGCCCAGCAGUAGUCGCUCUCCCGCUGGCCGCGCAACCCCCCGUGGACAGAGCGCUGCACCGCGCGGCACUGCAUCGCAGCAGCACAAGCUCCUCGACCCCGCCUACCAGUCGAUCGACCCGGCUACCAUCGCCAACGAGCCGCUCUACGCCGUCACCAUCGAAGAGUACAAGGCCAAAGACGCCGCGGGGGAGCGAGCCAUGGACGAGGCGGAGCGCAUGGCGGACGAAGUGCAGCGGCUCGCCGUGGAACUGGAGGACGCCAAGGCGGAGGCCGACAAGCUGGCGGAGGAGCUCGCGGCCAGGGACGAGGAGCUCGCCGCGCACCGCCGGAAGCGCCACGCUGCCCAACAGGUGCGCGCAAGCGACCCUACCUUGGCCGCCGCCGACGCUGUCGCACCGUGCAGCGGAAAGGGGGCAGCACCGCCGCACGUCGGCGCAGUGCAGCGCCAGGCCGUCGACCCUGCCACCGUGCCCGUGGCCCCCGGCGUUAUCGCAGAGGAGCCGCUCUACGUGGCCACCGCGGAGGAGCUGCAGCAUGUGCGCGACUUCGCAGAUCAGCUCGCUGAGGAACUCGAGGCGUUCCGCCAGAAGCGCCACGACGCCAAGAAGGCGCGCGCCGCGGAGCCGGAACUUGCGGAUGUCGACGGCGUGGAGCCAAGCAGCGGGCCCAGCAGUAGUCGCUCUCCCGCUGGCCGCGCAACCCCCCGUGGACAGAGCGCUGCACCGCGCGGCACUGCAUCGCAGCAGCACAAGCUCCUCGACCCCGCCUACCAGUCGAUCGACCCGGCUACCAUCGCCAACGAGCCGCUCUACGCCGUCACCAUCGAAGAGUACAAGGCCAAAGACGCCGCGGGGGAGCGAGCCAUGGACGAGGCGGAGCGCAUGGCGGACGAAGUGCAGCGGCUCGCCGUGGAACUGGAGGACGCCAAGGCGGAGGCCGACAAGCUGGCGGAGGAGCUCGCGGCCAGGGACGAGGAGCUCGCCGCGCACCGCCGGAAGCGCCACGCUGCCCAACAGGUGCGCGCAAGCGACCCUACCUUGGCCGCCGCCGACGCUGUCGCACCGUGCAGCGGAAAGGGGGCAGCACCGCCGCACGUCGGCGCAGUGCAGCGCCAGGCCGUCGACCCUGCCACCGUGCCCGUGGCCCCCGGCGUUAUCGCAGAGGAGCCGCUCUACGUGGCCACCGCGGAGGAGCUGCAGCAUGUGCGCGACUUCGCAGAUCAGCUCGCUGAGGAACUCGAGGCGUUCCGCCAGAAGCGCCACGACGCCAAGAAGGCGCGCGCCGCGGAGCCGGAACUUGCGGAUGUCGACGGCGUGGAGCCAAGCAGCGGGCCCAGCAGUAGUCGCUCUCCCGCUGGCCGCGCAACCCCCCGUGGACAGAGCGCUGCACCGCGCGGCACUGCAUCGCAGCAGCACAAGCUCCUAGACCCCGCUUACCAGUCGAUCGACCCGGCUACCAUCGCCAACGAGCCGCUCUACGCCGUCACCAUCGAAGAGUACAAGGCCAAAGACGCCGCGGGGGAGCGAGCCAUGGACGAGGCGGAGCGCAUGGCGGACGAAGUGCAGCGGCUCGCCGUGGAACUGGAGGACGCCAAGGCGGAGGCCGACAAGCUGGCGGAGGAGCUCGCGGCCAGGGACGAGGAGCUCGCCGCGCACCGCCGGAAGCGCCACGCUGCCCAACAGGUGCGCGCAAGCGACCCUACCUUGGCCGCCGCCGACGCUGUCGCACCGUGCAGCGGAAAGGGGGCAGCACCGCCGCACGUCGGCGCAGUGCAGCGCCAGGCCGUCGACCCUGCCACCGUGCCCGUGGCCCCCGGCGUUAUCGCAGAGGAGCCGCUCUACGUGGCCACCGCGGAGGAGCUGCAGCAUGUGCGCGACUUCGCAGAUCAGGUUGCCCAUGAUGUAGCAGCGAGAGAAGCGGAAGUCGCCGAUACCAUGUUGAAUCUUAGAAGGGAGUUGGAUGAAGUGCGCGAGCUGAAUGGUAAGCUAGAAGGCGAAGUUUUUGCUUUGAAAAAGCAACUGUGGGACGCUGAGGAUGCAUACAAAAAGUUAGCAGGCGAUCUGGAAGUCGCUGAAGACGAGCGUCAACAGCUGUGUGACGAUCUGGAGGCAGCCUUAGACGAGCUUGAGCAGAAGAAGGAUGAAUAUGAUGAACUGCUAGGCAACUUGGAGGAGGUUCAGGGUUUGCUGGAAGCCGCUGACAUUGCAGGGCGAACCGCGGUGGAGGCUUUGGAGCAGCGAAACCAAGACAUGACGGACCUGCAGGGCGAGUUGGCGAAUGCGCUGGACGCCAGCAAAGAAAAUGAGAAUCUUCGUGUACUGCUGGAUGCCAAGGAGAAAGAGAUCGAUAGACUGAAAGAGUACAACAGUUUCUGGACGGACACUGUCGGCACCGGAAAGCAGAAGGUAACACACAGGCUCACAAAGAUCUUCGAUGGCGACUGGACUCGUUUGAUGCGCCAUAGACCUGAGGCACUGAAGGCAGCGUUCGUGAUUGAUUCCAGCAACGCAUGCCACGUGCCUGGAGACCAGAUUGGGCAGGUAGAUUUCGAUCACGAUUAG